AUGCCAUUGGACAAUAUCCUUGUCGCUGCAUCGAUGUUGGAAGGUCAGACGAAAUCGGGCGAGCUGCAGGCAGUUUAUCUCCAAGAGCGUGGCCGCACGCAGCAGGCUGUAAUAUUCAACCUACUCACGCGUGACGAUGCUAAAAGUAGCAAGGAGAUCGCACUAGCAGCACGAAAGGACAGUUACUCGAUGAAGACUAUCGCGAUCAUGACCAUGAUCUUUCUGCCUCCUACCUUCUUCGCUACUCUUUUCGCUAUGCCUUUACUCAAGUGGGACGGGCCAAAGGUCAUACAGCCAAGCUUUGGCAUCUACUGGGCUGCCUCUCUACCAACUACCGCGGCAGUACUUCUGAUCUGGCAUUGGAUGUCAUCAGAGGAGACCAUCUUCGUUAAGGGAUGGGCGUGGAUUAAACCCGGAAGGCUCGAGAGCGACCAGGAUGUUGACGUAGAUAAGGCUCAUAACGACUUGGAAGCGUUUCGCUGGAAUGGACUGAGGUACAAAUCGAAGCAAUAG